AUGAAUUUUUUUAAUGAAUAUAAAAGCUAUGAACCAUUUACAGUCGUUAGCACUCAUGCUCAAAGUACACAUAACGAAGUAGUAUACAUCCCUUUGCCGUAUAUUUUUAAUAGCCCUUUAAUGCAUAAAUUUUAUGUAUAUGAUGUAGAUGCUAGAUAUCAUGGUUUAAUUGGCUCAGAUUUAUUAAAGGAAUUAGAAGCUAGCAUAGAUAUGAAAAAUCAAAUACUGUAUACAACUGGUUCUGCCAUACCUAUAUUAUAUAGUCCUCCAUACGAAGUUAUAAUUGAACCCAGAACAGAAUCAAAAAUUAAAAUCCCUACUAACCUACAAAAUGGAGAUGCCAUAGUAGAACAGGUCUAUUUCAGUACUGGCGUUCGUAUGCCAAAUGCUAUCGUUACAUGUGAAAACUUCUUUGCAACCACCGUUAUACAAAAUGUAUCCGAGAAACCAUUUAAAAUAACUUUUAAGGAACCUAUUAAAGUCUCAGUUUUUAAAAUAAGUGAAAUUUGUAAAAGUAAUUUUAUAAAUGAUACUUUAACAAUUGAUAAUAUUUUAAAAGAAAAUUUGUCCAAGCUUCGUUUAGAUCAUAUGAAUAGGGAGGAACGUGACGCAAUCUCUAAACUAUGUUACGAGUUUCGUGAUAUAUUUUAUUCUGAUAAAAUUCCUUUAUCAUUCACAAAUCAGGUUAAACACAAAAUUAGGACAGUUAACGAAGACCCCAUUUAUAUUAGACCUUAUAGACAUCCUGCUUCUCAAAAUCAAGAGAUAGAAAAACAGGUGGAUAAACUCUUAAAAGAUAACGUCAUACAAAAUUCAUUUUCCCCUUAUAGUGCACCAGUUCAUUUGGUACCGAAAAAGCUAGAUGCGUCCGGCGAACCAAAAUAUAGAAUGGUUAUCGACUAUAGACGUUUGAACGAAAUCACAAUAGAUGACAAGUAUCCUUUGCCUAACAUAUCGGAACUUUUUGAUAAAUUAGGUAAAUCACAGUACUUUACCACAAUUGAUUUAGCAAGUGGUUACCAUCAAAUUGAAGUCCAAAAGGAAGAUCAGCACAAAACAGCGUUUACUACACAAUCAGGUCACUAUGAAUUCAAAAGAAUGCCGUUUGGCUUAAAAACAGCACCGGCAACGUUCCAAAGAGCAAUGGAUAACGUUUUACGCGGCCUACAAGGAUUACACUGCAUGGUAUACUUAGAUGACAUAAUUGUAUACUCAGCUAGUUUACAAGAACAUAUAGUAAAACUUAAGAAAAUUUUUGAACGUUUACGUGAGACUAAUUUAAAGGUUACACUAGACAAAAGCGAAUUUCUCCGAAAAGAGGUUCUAUACUUAGGACACACCAUAUCUAAAGAAGGCCUUAUGCCAAACAAUGAUAAAAUUAAAGCAGUUUUAGAAUUCCCGAUUCCACGUACAUCAACUGAAAUAAAGAGUUUCUUAGGCCUCGUUGGUUACUAUCGAAAAUUAAUUAGAGAUUUCUCUAAAAUAACUCAGCCAUUGACAUCUUGUUUAAAAAAAAAGAAUAAAAUUGACAUCACCAAACCCGAAUACAUAGAAGCCUUUGAAAAGUGCAAGGAACUUUUAGUUAACGCGCCUAUUUUACAAUUUCCGGAUUUCAGUAAACCAUUUGUCCUUACAACAGACGCAUCCAAUGUCGCAUUAGGUGCAGUACUUUCCCAAGGUCAAAUUGGUAGCGACAAACCCAUCGCUUUCGCAAGUCGUACGCUGAACGAAGCAGAGACACGCUACAGCACAAUAGAAAGAGAGUUGUUGGCCAUCGUCUGGGCGACAAAAUAUUUCCGGCCUUAUUUAUAUGGACGUAAAUUCACGAUAUACACCGAUCACAGGCCGUUAACCUGGCUUAACUCAAUAAAGGAACCGAAUACCAAAUUAACACGUUGGAAAUUACGUUUAGCCGAAUUUGACUAUGAUAUUGUAUUUAAAAAUGGGAAGCAAAAUUCAAACGCAGACGCAUUAUCCAGAAUUAGGAUCAACGCUUUGGGCAAUGAUGAUAUCUCGCUAAAGGUAAACGUGGACAUAAAUGAACGAAAUCUUCAAGGUCACAUUGACAAUCUAACAGAAGAGAUAACCCGCUUAGCUAGAAACCAACAUCAAGAAAACCCUCCAACACCUAUGGAAGUAUCUCCAGCUUCUGAACGAACACUCAGUGUGGAAUCAUUAGGGUCUAGCACCAUUACUGCAUCUGAAAUAAUGAGCACAAUCCAUUCCGCGGAGGAUAUAGAUACAGAUGGUAUAUGUAUUCUGCAAGAAGCUAUAGACACAAAGCCAAAUCAAGUACUUGUAUUCCCCUGGAAUAGGAAAGAAAUAUUAGUUAAAAAUUUAUCUAGGCCGAAACAAAAAAUAUUAGAGGUACACUUACCUGUGAAUAAUAUAGACUUAAUUAAAAACUUUUUAAAAGAAUACACAAAACCUAAUAUAAAAUAUUUCUUUUACUUUGAAGAUGAACAGCACCGUAAGGAAUUUGCGGCGGUUACAAUAUCACUUUUUAAAAAAGGCACUGUUAAAUUUUAUGAAUGCACAAAACGAGUCAUUUACGUAGAUAAUGAAGAGGAACAGCGAGAUAUAAUUAUCAAAUAUCAUGAUGGGAAAAAUAGUCACCGUGGUAUUAAAGAGACUUUAAUUCAUUUAAAAAGAACCUAUUUCUGGAACAACAUGGAACAAACUGUUGCGAGUGUAGUUAACGCUUGUGAAACUUGUAAAAAGAUGAAGUACGAUAGGAGACCUCUAAAACCUGAAUUGCAAUUGACACAAACACAAGAUAGACCGUUUCAGGAGUUAUUUAUCGAUACAUUUUCAAUAGAAGGACAAUAUUACCUCACUAUAGUAGAUGGUUUUAGUAAAUUAGGACAGGCAUUUUUAAUAAGUUCACGCUCAACUCCCGAAGUAGUUAGGGCUUUAAUAAAAUAUUUUUCUUUAUACGGCGUACCUGGACGAAUUAGUGCGGAUCCCGGAGCCGAGUUUAAUAAUGCAUUAUUAAGAGAUCUUCUAUCAUUUUACAAAAUAAAUCUUCACAUUAGUACUCCACAUAACCCCAACUCAAUGGGGAUAGUCGAAAGAUUUCAUUCCACCAUCAUCGAAAUAUAUAGAAUAGCUAAAUACGAACGGAAGAUAACUGAUGCGACGGAUGUAAUGACUUAUGCGAUUAUGUCUUAUCAUUCAAUCCAUUCUACUACAGGCUUAACACCCUUUGAAGUCGUAUUUGGCCAUACCGAGUCUAAUCAUAUAUUUUCUGUAGAUUUUAAUAAAAUGUAUACACAACAAUUAGUUAAGGAACAUGCUCGAAAAACUAAAUUCUUAUAUCAAUAUUUAACCGAUAAAAUCAUACAUCAAAAACAGCAUUUAAUCGAGAAACAUGGCGGUGAAAAAGAGUUAGAAAUAGACAUAGGCGAUACCGUGUUUAUAAAGGGAGUUAACACGCGACGUAGUAAGGAUAAGGCACGUUAUCAAAAAGCCCGAGUAUUGGGUCCGAUUCAUAGAAACGUUGUUCCAGUGAUAACUCAGAAACGAAAAACUAAGGUACAUACUAAAGAUUUAAAACGCCCUUCACGGGUUGUUACUCCUGCUGGUACAUCUGACCCCAAGCCAGGCCCUUCAACUGCAAAAGAUUAA